AUGCCUCUCCUAAACCUUGUCAUCAAACUAGCUCAUGCCGCUCCAAACUAUUCAUUCUCAUUCAUUGGUACACACGACUCCAACGCAAUUCUCUUCCCAAAACCCUAUAUCCCCAACAACAUCAAGCCUUAUAGCAUAAGUGAUGGAAUCCCAGAGGGUCAUGUGCUUAGCAACAACCCAAUACAAAAACUUGACCUUUUUCUCAAAACUGGUCCUGAGAACUUGCAUAAGGGAAUAGAACUUGCGGAAGCAGAGACAGAGGUGAGAGUCACGUGCAUCAUUGCCGAUGCUUUUAUGACCUCUUCUCUCCUUGUAGCUCAGACCCUCAAUGUUCCUUGGAUUGCAUUUUGGCUUCCCAAUUCAUGCUCACUUUCUCUAUAUUUUUACACUGACUUGAUAAGCCACCACUGUGCAAAUUAUGCUGGAAAUACAACCACGGAUUUUCUUCCCGGGUUGUCUAAGAUGCGUGUGGAAGAUAUGCCACAGGAUCUGUUCAAGGUUGGAGAAAAGAAGACAGUAUUUUCGAAGACGCUUGUUUCAUUGGGUAAGGUGCUACCUCAAGCGCAGGCAGUGGUUAUGAAUUUCUUUGAGGAAUUGGACCCACCUUUGUUUGUUCAGGACAUGAGAUCCAAGUUGCAGUCUUUGCUUUAUGUUCUUCCGCUUCCCUCUCCGCUGUUGCCACCAUCCAAUAAAGAUUCAAAUGAAUGCUUGCCAUGGUUGGAUACCAAGAGUGCCAGAUCAGUGGCUUAUGUGUGCUUUGGGACUGUGGUUGCACCACCUCCUCAUGAGCUUGUGGCGGUGGCAGAGGCAUUGGAAGAAAGUGGGUUUCCAUUUCUGUGGUCUCUCAAGGAAGGUCUAAUGGGUCUUUUGCCAAAUGGGUUUGUUGAGAGGACCAAUAUGCGUGGGAAAAUAGUGUCUUGGGCUCCCCAAACCCAAGUUUUGGCUCAUGAUUCGGUAGGAGUGUUUUUGACUCACUGUGGUGCUAACUCUGUGAUUGAGAGUGUUUCGGGUGGGGUUCCUAUGAUCUGUAGGCCAUUCUUUGGAGAUCAAGGGAUAGCUGGAAGAGUGAUAGAGGAUGUUUGGGAGACUGGGGUGAUAAUAGAAGGUAGAACCUUCACCAAAAAAGCAUUGCUUAAAAGCUUGAAUCUGAUUCUGGUGCAGGAAGAGGGUAAGAAUAUUAGAGACAAUGCUCAAAAGGCGAAGAACACUGUGGAAGACGCGAGUAGAUCUGAACGGCAAACAGCAGGGGAUUUCAAGACUUUGAUGCAACUUAUUUCGAGAUCUUAA